CCCCCGAGAACGCGGCAGGCUCGGAGCGCUGUCGCGGGUGGGGGUCGGCGGUGCUCCCCGGGGGGACUCUGUGUUCUCUCCUUGCGUCAGCUGCUCUUUCCGAUUCAGUCGCUCCAGUAACACCUUUUUUCCCACUUGUAGAAGUUGCUAAGGUUUCUCUUGAUUUGAGGACACUGCUGGUGCAUCAUUAAGACUUUCUCAUCAUCUCUGCAGGCAAGAGGCUAUAGUAGGAAACAACCUCUGUGGGCAAAUAUGGGCUGCCGGGAUGUUCAUGCAGCGACCGUACUGGCCUUCCUCAGUGGAACAGCCUCAGUAGCUGGGCUCCUUGCAGCAGUUCUGCUUCCAAACUGGAGGCAAAUGAGACUGUACACAUACAACAAGAAUGAGAGGAAUGUGACCGUUUACACUGGACUCUGGAUUAAGUGUGCGCGCUUUGAUGGGAGCAGAGACUGUGUGAUCUAUGACCCACAGUGGUACACGGCUGUCGAUCAGCUGGAUUUGCGUGUUCUUCAGUUUGCCCUUCCUCUGAGUAUGUUUACUGCUGUCUCAGCUCUGUUCCUCUGCAUGAUUGGCAUGUGUAACACAGCCUUUGUGUCCAGCGUGCCAAACGUCAAACUGGCCAAGUGCCUGGUAAACAGUGCGGGCUGCCAUCUCGUGGCUGGCCUCUUGUUCCUGCUUGCCUGUGCCAUUUGUCUCACUCCGUCCAUCUGGGUAAUUUUUUACAACAAUUAUCUGAACAGAAAAUAUGAGCCUAUCUUCAGCUUUGACAUCUCUGUAUUUAUUGCCAUUGCCAGUGCUGGCGGUCUGUUUUUCACUUCCAUUUUGCUGUUCCUGUGGUACUGUGCAUGCAAAAGCCUCCCUUCUCCUUUCUGGCAGCCUCUGUAUUCCCACGCCCCCAGCAUGCACAGCUAUGCCUCUCAGCCCUACUCCGCACGUUCUCGCCUCUCUGGUGUAGAAAUUGACAUUCCUGUUGUGACACAUUCAUCUUAAGGAGACAAAGCCUUGGAAGCCAAGUUCUUGUGCUCGUUCAAGCCAUGAAAGUUGCAGGCUUGAUUCUCUGUGCUGCCUGCCCCGCACUGAGCAUAAUCCUUGGCAAGGUUAAGUUUCCCAAGGCGCAAAGCCAUGGAGGCCUGAGUUCAGCAAGUCUGUUGCUGUUCUGGUCUGUUUGUUAUUUCCUGACCACCUUUCCUUUUGGUUUUUUUUCAUUUUUUUUACUCUGAGCUCACUACAGUCAAAGUUGCUGCUAAUGCUGGAACAGUACACUACCAAUUGUAUGUAUCCAUCCUUUUACUUACUGAUCUCAAAGCAGGUUUGAACCUCUUUGAAAUUUGAUAAGCUAUUCUUAGAUUCCGAUCUCAUUGUAAGGCCCCUGCACCUGUGUAUUACCCAGGCAAUGGAACUGGGUGUAGGGGAUUCACUGAGUUUCUUGUUCACCCAGACUACAUAUUGUAAUAUGUGAUGUCUGAAAAGGGUGUUUGGCAGACUAAUUCAGUUCUGUGCACAGUUCUUUGUUUUUUGCUGUAUGCACAAACAGAUACCUGCUUAGGAACUUCUGUAACAGAAUUAGUGCCAAAUUACCCUUUAUUUUCAAAGUAGUUAUCAGAAGGAAUAAAACUGAUUUAACUAAGAGUGUUGUUCUGUGCUGUAAUAGCAUUUUGUGAAUUACUGGAGGCUAGAAAUCUUUUGUGAAUUUUAUUUCUAGUCGGUUUUUUACUAAUUCACUAGCAAAUUCACUAGAUCUAUUUUGUGAUUAAAACAAAAAAAGUAGUAUUUUAAAGUUGUGAUUAGAACCUUGAAUGUUUUAUUUGAAAGCCGUCUUAAGAAUGGAUUUUCAAGUAGGAUAUAAAGUGUUCAGUUCUGGAGAGAAAUGUCACUCACAGCAAAAAGGUUUAGGAAAAUCAUAAAGAAUUCUGAAGACUAUGAAAGAUUCUUUUGAAACACUGUAUACAAGCAUCUUUCUUUCUGAAAAGGGAAUUAUAACCCUGGGGAGAGAUUUUUUUAAUUACAUACUUUUAAUGAAUAUACAAGGAACAAUGAGCUCAUGUUUUUUUUCAGAGUUGAUCUUUAUGGUUGAUAGACUUUUCAUGCUGCAGCUUAUUUCAUUACUGAUUAAAACUUAGCCUUUUCAGCCUUGUUCUUUAACACCUUUCAAAUUCAGCUGUUUUAAAAUCCAGUUAUUUCCCCUGCUGCCACCUCAUAAAUGCAGAAAGUUUCCAGUUCCUAUUUUCCAUAAGAUAAGAUUUUGAGUAACUUGUGAGCUUCACCUUGUAGCUCUACAAGGAUGAGGAGGGAUUGUAAAUUCCCAACCUGGGAUGUCUUUAAAUCACUUUUUGCCUUCUAAAAUGCAGAGCAGCAGGUGAGCCCUCAGGAUCAAAGCUUUUCAAUAUGGGCUUUGACAUUACUUGAAAAUUUGAUGACAGUGAGUUGAAGAGUGCUAUAAUAAGGGAAGCAUUUGAUUCUCUCAGGUUUUGGUAAAUUGAGAUCUUAAUGUUUAAAAUGUCAUCCCAGUAGGGAAAGUUGUUUUGAUUGGUGGCAUUCUGGAGCUUAGUGGGUAUUUGCAUUUCAUUAAUCCCAGAAUAAAUUUGUUUUUCUAAAAAAAUCCAAUCAAGUUCUUUAAUUCCAGUUCUGAAAAUUCAUCCAAGGUCCUGAAAACCAUUUAGUUUUCUGCUCUAGGUAGAAAUAGAAACAAAUACUCUACUGGGCAAAUCUUGUUCUGUUAAAAUCUGUGAAAUAACAGUAUGUAAACAAAGAUUGUGUUUUAGAUGGUAGAUCUCAGACUUCAGUGGACUGAGGGAGGAAGCUGAUCUCAAUCAUAGCUCCUAGCAUAGUCAGUAAAGUGACAGGCCUUUAAGACAGUGCUUGAUUAAACAACAGUCUUAAGGAAUUAACACUGUAGACAACAAAAAAUACAUAAGGAGAUACGCCUCUAGAGGCCUAAAGAUGAGCUUAAUAAUCUUAGGUUUACAAGGUAUGAGAGUAUGAAGUAUCUUUUUUAAGCAGAUCAUGAGUUGUGUGGGAUUAGAAUACGUGCAAUGACAUGCAAGCCAGGUUUUUUUUCUUCAAAACUGAACUUUGUUUUGCUGUUAAUCUGGUUGUCCAACACUUGCUGGUUUAGCUGCCUGUAUCCUUUAAUGCCUUGUAAGGUCAAAGCAAAGGGGCCACUGGUUUGUGAUUUAGCAUCAUCUUGCUUCUGCAUCACUUCAGUCUUUUCUUCUUUGUGCCUUGCUCCAGUUAUGAGCUGGCCAGUAAAUGUUACAGUCAGCGUCUGAUACACUCUUUGAGCUGGAAUUUGCAGAGAAUUUUGAUCAUUUUUAAGAGCUGAUGAAUAUGUCUCUUAGUGACUUUAAAAGGAGCUGAAUUUUCAGCAUCUCCAGAACAAGAAUGACAGCCUGGCAAACUGUUCUUGCUUUCUACAAGAAUAUAAGUUUAGCCAGUGUUGUUUUCUGUGCACUUUAAUAGCAGAUGACUCUGACAGCUCUUUUGUAUUCUGACUUUGAUUUUUAUGCACAGAACUUUUAAUUAGUAUUUGCUGCUGCCUAAGCUGAUAACUCAUUGCUUUGAAAAUUGUCUUUCCAAAAGUCAGACAUGAGUGAGUUACGAAAAGUGGGGCUCCAGAAAAUAAUGGAUUCCAGCAUAGGUUUUAGUUAGCAAAAAGACUGUUGCAUCAUGUUCUAUCACCGAAGCACGGCUGGUUUUCUUUCAUCAAUGCUGUUAAUAUGUUUCUGCUGCAUCCUAAGUGAAAUUACCUGGAAGUGCUGUGCUGUAUUUCCUUUGUUACAGAAAGAGAUGGCCAACCUGUGACACUUGAGCCGAGUGCCACUCUAACAUUUUUUUUUGCUAAGGUUGCCAUUGUGCCCAGCACCAGGGCUGGGGAGUGACAGGGCUCCCUGGACUGGGAGAGAACACAGGUACCUGCAGGUAUGUCUGCCAGGGAGCAGCCUCUGGGGAGCACUUUGCAGCUCAAAAAUGCAAUGCUGCACCUUCUCGGGCGCUGCUGUGUGCAGGACAAGCACUUUGGGUCUUGAACAGAAAGAUUUUAAUUUGUAGCUUGUGCACUAAAGGUUGGGUGCUCUGGGAUUACAAGAACCUGUAUUUUUUCAAGUAGUUACUGUCCAACUUCUUGAAAUUGUGUUAAGUGUUGGUUCUUUUUAUGUGAAACAGAAGAUAUGUAUUUUUAAUAAAAGACUCUCAUACAGA